CGAGCCCCGAACGAACAUUAUUUUGUCAAACAAAAACAUCUCGCUAAAAAUACAAAAAAAUCUUUUAAAAUGUUAAAAUGGAGAUAUUGAUAAGGCGCGUUUCCCCUAAUACAAUUAGGUUAACAGCAUCUAGAAUAUUAUUAGCUCAUGUAGCUCAUUAUACUAGAUUAGCAGAAGUGGGAAAACUCGAACAGCCAAAAACAGCAGGCAAAUAUGACACUGGGCAGUUGAUAUUACACAAAGUGUUUGGAUAUAGAGGUGUAAUUCUUUUUCCCUGGUUGGCCCGAGUGUACGAUCGUGACGCUACUAAUAAGAAGGAAUCUACGGAUUCUAAAGGUGCUACAGAUACCUCAGGAGAUUCCCUGUCAAACGUCGGGAAGGAGGUCAAGGGUAGAACACAUACAUUUUACCAGGUCCUCAUAGAUACGCGAGAUGCCCCUUACAUACGAGCCCAAACUGAAGCUGUCACGUUUCUUGGCAACCAAGAGUCUAGUCGGAGUCUAUAUGCUAUCCCAGGUUUAGAUUAUGUAGCUCAUGACGACAUUCUGCCAUACACCUCUGUUGAGAGAGUGCCAUUGCAACAUGAGCUAUUUGACAAAUUCCUAAUGCAUAAUCCUGACAAAGAUCCACCGUUCAUAGCCCAAGAAACGUUACGAGCGUGGCAAAAGAAGAAUCAUCCUUGGUUAGAACUGAGUGAUGUUCAUCGCGAAACGACUGAGGGUGUACGUGUUACUGUUAUACCAUUUUAUAUGGGCAGUCGGGAGUCGCAGAACUCAGCUGUUUACUGGUGGCGAUAUUGUAUCAGAUUAGAAAAUCUUAGUGCGCAAGCGGUGCAACUUCGUGAGCGACAUUGGCGUAUAUUCUCACUUAGCGGGACGUUAGAGACGGUACGCGGUCGUGGUGUGGUCGGUCAAGAACCAGUGCUGGCCCGUCACUCUCCUGCCUUUCAGUACAGCAGUCAUGUUAGUUUGCAAGCGCCAAGUGGACAUAUGUGGGGAACGUUCAGAAUGGAGCGCGAAGACGGGUACACGUUCGACUGUCGCAUCCCGCCCUUCUCGCUGGAGAGCAAGCCCGACGACGCGUCGCCCACUGCGCCUGCGCAGGGAACAUGACCAACAUAGUCAAUAUUCUACGCUUCUUUGUAUAGGUACCGAAUUCGAACUUCAAUUGUGACGUCAUAUUUUUUGUGACAAGGUGUACUGGAAUACAUCGUUGCAAAUUUUUGUCUUGUUUUUGAGGCAAUGUUAUUUCUUAUCUUAAAAAUGUCGCCAAUAAUUCUUGAAACAUUUUUGAUCUUUGUAUGUUGUAAAUCUCAAAGAGAUUUCAUCAUAGUUCUGCAACUAAUUAAGUCAAUUUGUGCAUAAUAAUUUGUGUCAUGCCAUACAGCCACGCCACCUUUUUUUUCAUUACGAUAUUAC